AUGACAUAUAUCAGGUCCAUGUACUUCGGAAAUUCGCAAGUUGACGAUGCUACUUCCGAGGAUGCCAAGAAACUCAUUGAUGUCUCUAGUGAUAAAGCCGGAAAUAAUAACAUUCUCGAGGAUAGAAAAGAAAUUACUAGAGCUGUGAUAAAUAUUGAUAAAAACAGCACAAUUAAAACUAUUAUCAACAAUAUCGAUCAAUCCGCUAAUGAACGUAUAAUCACACAAGAAAAAUCCCAACAAAUUUACGAGAAAUUGGUUUAUAUAGAUUGCUACAAUCACGACAAAAGACGUUGGGCUCCCGAAUGGGAUAAAUUAUGUAAAAGGUAUAAAGGUCUAAUGAUCAACUCGACAAAUACUACGACGUUGCCUACUUGUUACAGGAAUCACAUCAAAAAAACUCUUCCAAUAUUGAAGAGUAACAAUGUUUCCUUUGCCAAAAAAAAAUUUUUAGUAGAGAAAAUCAAAAACUCUAUUAAGGAUCAUCAAGAAAAGGCAAAAAAAAACCUCAUCUAUUUUGAUCAAUACAAGCAGGAUGUUUUAAAGUUCAGGCAGGACAUUGUGAAGUUUAAAGAGGGAUUGGGUGAGGAAAUUACAAACUCGCAAGCUGUCUUCAAAAGUUUUUUAAACUAUCUGAUGAUCGUUCGAAGCGCAAAUUAUUCAGUUACGCAAGAAACGCUCUCGAUGACACAUGAAUGUGUUGUAGAAGCAUCUAAAUUGUUAGAAGAAUUUAUUGAUUCAAUAGAUGAAUUUUCCGGGAUUAAUCAUAUUCGUACUAGAGUUUGGGAUGUUAUUAAUAGCGAAUUGGAAAGCUUUUUGAGUACUAAAACUGUACUUACCGAUGACACAAAUAAGUAUAUUGCCUAA